AUGUUGGUGCUUUUUGAAACCCCUGCUGGGUAUGCUGUCUUCAAGGUCCUAGACGAAUCGAAACUGAAAAAGGAAGAUAAAGUCUUUGAUAACUUUGCCGAUUCUGACACGAUAUUGGAGAAGUAAGUAUUUUUAGAUUUCUAUUUUGUCUGUUUAGGCGUUUAUCUUUUGAGGAACUAAUAAUUUGUUGUUACCUUUAUAUUACGAAAACCCAUUUAUUGAAAUCGGAUUAUUUUUAGAUUGCAAUUGGUUUCGUUCAAAAAGUUUAAGGAUGUUAAUGAAGCCUUGAAGGCCUCUACGUCUGUUGCGGAUGAAAGCAAAUUGGGCAAAACCUUGAAGAAACUGAUUCAGAAAGUCGCCACUGAUGGAGACGAAAUGGCCGUUGGAGACUCUAAGCUUGGCAGUUUAAUCAAGGUAACAUUUUCUUCUUAAUUUUUGUUUAGGGAAACAACAAAAGACGGAUUUUAUUACUCCUGAAUCUGCUUUUAUUGUUUUACUUAUAUUUUAUAUUUUUGUUUAUGGUCUUAUUAAUCAUUUAAUUGUAAUUUUAUAGGAAAACCUCGAAGUGGCAUGUGUACACAACAAAGUCACUGACGAGCUCUUCCGCGCUAUCCGUGCCAACUUGGAUAACUUAUUGGCUGAGCACAAGAAUGAAGUUGAUGCCAUGAGACUGGCUUUGGCUCAUUCUCUUGGUCGCUACAAGGUCAAGUUCAAUCCAGAAAAGAUCGACACCAUGAUUGUCCAAGCCGUUUCACUUUUGGACGACUUGGACAAGGAGUUGAAUAACUACGUCAUGAGAUGCCGUGAAUGGUACGGUUGGCACUUCCCCGAGGUCGGCAAGAUUGUUCAAGACCAUUUGGCUUUUGCCAAAGUUAUCAAGGCUAUGGGAAUGAAGCAGAACGCCGCCGAUGCUGACUUCUCUGCCAUUUUGCCAGAUGAGAUGGCCGAAAGACUGCGACAAGAAGCUGAGAUCAGUAUGGGAACUGACAUCUCAGAGGUCGAUCUCAUCCACAUUGAACAGCUCUGUGACCAGAUUAUUGACUUGACAGAGUACCGUUCUCAACUACACGACUAUCUCAAGAACAGAAUGAGUGCUUUAGCACCAAAUCUCACUGUUCUUUUGGGAGAGCUCAUCGGAGCUAGAUUGAUUUCAAGAGCUGGUAAGUCAUUGCAUAGUGUAUUAAGCGGCAAAAUAAAAGAAAAUACUGAUUACAAAAGGGCUUUUUGUUGUUUACAGUAUUGGUUAGUAAAUUAAAUUAAAAGUUUAUACAUAUUUUAUAAAUUUUAAUAUUUCUGAUUUCAAAGUGUAAAAUAUUGUUUUAGGUACAUUGGUGAACUUAGCCAAGUACCCAGCUUCAACCGUACAGAUCCUUGGAGCUGAAAAAGCUUUGUUCAGAGCUUUGAAGACUAAAUCAAAGACUCCAAAAUACGGUAUUAUUUACCACUCACAGCUUAUUGGACAAGCUCCUACUGAGCUAAAGGGAAAGGUAUGUUACUUCAUUCUUGUUUAUUUUUUGUAUUUGGCUUUUGAACUCUUGUAUGUCUUUCACGUUGAUAUAAUAUUUCUUUAGUUUGCCCGUAAAUUGGCUGCCAAAGUAUCACUUUCCACGAGAGUCGAUGCUCUCUGUGAUGACAACACUGGAAACGAGGUUGGAGUUGAAGCCAGAACAGCUUUGGAGACCAGCUUGGAUAGCGAAUCGAAGAGACAAACCACCAAGAAGGUCAAUGCUUCAUUCGGUGGAGCUGGAAACAGAGACAAGUACUCCUUCAAGAGCAAUGUUCACUCGUAUGACGCUGGAGCUGACUCCAACAUUGCCAAGAAGAGAAAAUGGCAAGGAGAUAAUGAUGGAAAGAACAAAAAGUUCAAGAAGGAGGAACCCGAAGAGUAG